AUGGGCAGACCACCUGUUAUCACUCCGACGAUUAGAAAACUCUUAGUGGAACAUGCCACUGCCUCUCAACAGAAUCGAAGCAAAACCCUCCUGGAAAUUGCAGAAGAUCUUGGUGUUUCGGUCAACAAACGAACCCUCAGAAAAGCUUUUGCCGAUGAAGGUUAUCACCGCCAAGUAGCCCGCAUCAAACCCUUUCUCUCCAUUACUGCGAAGGUCCAACGCUUAGCAUGGGCAGGUAAUAUAAAAGGCCCACUUGGAUUUUGGGACAAGGCAUGGGGACCUACUCUCAAUGGACCCCGUCUCAAGGGGGCGAGUAGUGAGUAUUCUGCAGGCGUCGGUAAGGGUCAACGGGACAAGGAGGCAGCGAACGAUGGUCUUCCUAAGUAA